CUUUGUAUCUAUACUUUUAAGCCCUUUUUUCAUUUCUUUUUCAAUCAUGAGCGGCAAUAUUAAAGUUGUUGUCCGUUGUCGUCCCUUAAAUGAAAGAGAAAAAGCAAGAGGGGCUGAAAACCUCGUCCGUAUGGAAGGAAAUCAAACGAUCAUUACUAAAAAAAAUGGAAAAGAAAAUAUUGUCAAGGCAUUCACUUUUGACCGUUCAUAUUGGUCGGUAGAUAAAGAUGAUCCUGAUUAUGCCGACCAAGCACUGGUUUAUAAUGAUUUAGGAAAAGAGUUACUAGAUCAUGCGUUUGAUGGAUACAACUGUUGCAUAUUUGCCUAUGGACAAACUGGUUCGGGAAAAUCAUAUACAAUGAUGGGAUAUGGAGAGGAUAAAGGAAUUAUACCAAGAACAUGUGAAGAAUUAUUUGAAAGAAUAGACGACUUAUCUACUCCGGAACUCAGUUACCGAGUAGAAGUAUCCUACAUUGAGAUUUACAAUGAAAAGGUUCGAGACUUGUUAAAUCCAGCAAACAAAGGCAACCUCAAAGUCAGAGAACACCCAACGAUUGGACCUUAUGUCGAAGACCUCUCACGGUUAGUCGUAGGCUCGUUUAAAGAUAUUGAUCAUUUAAUGAAUGAAGGAAAUAAAGCCAGAACAGUUGCUUAUACCAACAUGAACGCCACCUCCUCUCGAUCUCACGCAGUAUUCACACUCUUCUUAUCUACAACCCGACAAGGCAAAACAGAAAAAUCAGCGCGCAUCAGUUUGGUCGACUUGGCAGGUAGUGAACGAGCAACAUCAACGGGGGCUACAGGAGUUCGACUGAAAGAAGGUGCCAAUAUCAACAAAUCAUUGACGACACUAGGAAAGGUUAUUGCAUCACUAGCCGAACAUCAUCACAAGAAGAACGAACACAUUCCGUACCGUGAUUCCGUACUGACGUGGCUACUCAAGGAUUCUCUCGGUGGUAACUCCAAGACAGCGAUGGUCGCUGCUAUCUCACCAGCAGAUUAUGACGAAACACUCAGCACGCUUCGAUAUGCAGACCAAGCCAAACGUAUCAAGAACAAGGCUGUCGUGAAUGAGGAUCCAAACACACGACUGAUACGCGAGUUGAAACAGGAACUUCAGGCACUCAAGGAUACCCUGAUGAUUUACGCUCCAGAAGAGGUCGAAAGGAUCGUUCAGCAAAAGAAGUCGGGCCAAAAGAUCACAAACAGUAGUCGAUCAUCCUCCGCCAGAGCCUCGCCCAUGCUUCUCAUUUCACCUGAAUCGCCUAUCGUGACUCGACAGGGCACACGUCUGAUGACAACCGAGCAAGUGCUGGAGCAACUCGAGGCGUCUGAGAAGCUGCUUGAGCAAGUCAAUCAGACAUGGGAAGAAAAGAUGACAAAAACGGAGACAAUCCAUCGUGAGCGUGAAAAGGCGUUGGAAGAACUGGGCGUGAUUGUGGAAAAGAAUAAUAUGGGCGUCUAUGCGCCUAAAUCCAUUCAUCUGAUUAACUUGAGCGAGGAUCCUUUGAUCACCGAGUGUCUCAUGUACCAUAUCAAACCAGGUACAACCCACGUGGGAAGACUUGGAAGUGAUGCACCUGCAGAUAUCAGGUUGAGUGGAGAGGAGAUCAUGGAGGACCAUUGCCAUUUUGAAAAUGUGAAGCAGGAUGAGAGCGAUGAGAUGACGACUGUCACGAUCUAUCCACGUCCACAUUCGGUCACUCUUGUCAACGGCAUGCGCAUUCAAGAGCCAAAGGUACUGCACAAUGGGUACAGAAUCAUCUUUGGAUCAGGGUUACAUCAUCUCUUCCGAUUUAAUCAUCCUGAAGAAGCCAAACGGAUGCGCGAAAAACAGCAGCAGCAGGACGUAGAUGAAGAGCUCCCAGCCGAUUGGAAGUUUGCGCACAGUGAAGCACUCUCCAAGUUUGUCAAUCCAUCCACAGACAUAAACGCCAUGACGGAUGACGAUAUUCAGCAGCUCUAUGUCGGAAUCAGUAAAGUGCAUGAGUUUCGAAGCAGAAAGCGUAUUUCUUCCUCUGACGGUGGGAUUCUUGACGAUGACUCUGUCACAAGUACAUCAAAUCUGUCACGUAGAACAUCCGUUCGGUUCAGCCAAAUCUCAUCCACAACAAGUCUUACAACAGAGCGUUCUGAAGAACAGCAAAGGCAAGAUGAACUCGAAGUCAAGUACCUGCAGGUCAAGCAAGAGAUGGAGACCGUGUUGGAACAACAAAAAAGGGAAUAUGAAAAUAAAAUCAAGCGUAUUUCUGCACACUUGCCUCCAGGAACCACUCUAAGUUCAGACGAUUUGCUGAUAGGCUAUACCUCCAAGAACGCAUCAGAGUAUCUGGUCAAAAAGACGCUUGCCCAUUGGCGCCAAUGGAGAUAUGUAAAGAUGGCAGAAGGAUGUCUUGUUCAUGCAGUAGUCUUGAAGGAGGCUAACAUAAUGGCAAAGGAACUGGGUAAAAACGUCACUUACCAAUUCACUGUCGUCCAUGACAACAUGUCGGCCGGCCCUGUGUCCUUCUGGGAGGCAAGUUCAGCGCUUCAACCAUUUGAGCGAGAAAUAGACGAUGCAUUGAUGGAAGAACCAAAGCCCUGCUUGGCUGUUCAAGUCAUUGAUCACAUGCACAGAGUGACCUAUAUCUGGUCUAUUGCCAACAUCAAGAACCGUUUGCGGAGUAUGCGACAGCUCUAUGACUAUACCGAUCGUCCCUUGUUCACUCAUCCUCAUUUCUUUCAUCGGGAUGACCCGUUUUAUGAGACACCUUGUCCUCGAUACUCGUUGAUUGGAUUCGCUCGUAUUCCCUUGCGUAACCUCACUCUUCAAUUGCAUGCGGAUAAUCUUGUCGACAUUUAUUGUCGAAACACGGGCAAGGUGAUGGGCCAGCUUCGUGUGCUUGUCACGCCCAUUGCUCGAUCUAUCUCUCGAAGAUCGUUCAAGCAAGCUCAAGAGAGAUCCCUAUCAGUCGUAAGUGAAAAGUAUUUACUACAUAUUGGACAACAGCAAGUGUUUGAGAUACGUAUUCAGGAAGUCAUUGGCAUAUCCGAAUCCGACUUUACUCAAGUCCAUGCCCAGUUCCACUUAUCGUCUUUUGGUAACGUUGAGCCAAAUUCAAGAGAAGACAAGGUAUAUCCUACUGAGCCAGUCAGUCAGUUUGGAGAUGGCCCAGUCAAGUUUGAUCAUUGUCAGACAUUAUCGAUUCACAUUACAGAGAAAAUGAUGGGUGUUAUCCUAGAAGAAGGACUUACGAUCGAGGUAUUUGGCCAAGCCCAAGAGGAUUACUUGUAUCAGCUCGUCGAUAUGCCUCCUCAGACAGGCGCCAUGACAGAUAUCCCCGUAAGCCGACGAUUUUCUCUCGAUCGACGAUUUUCUCUUGAAAAAUCUACAUAUGAUGGUAUACUGAUGGAGGAAAGACAUGAUGUUCUUGCCUGGAUCCAAAUAGCCGAGCUAGACUCUGAGGGCAAUUAUGCACCGGUACCCGUCACUCACGACCCGAUGGAAGCUUUCUCAUUACGUCAAGGUAUUCAACGGCGUAUCUCUCUAACUCUCAUUCAUGAUUCAGGCAAUCAGUUUCAAUGGAAGAACAUCAGCUGUUUGAAGAUAGGUCAAGUGCGACUUGUUGAUCAACAAGGAAGACUAUUAGAAACCACGUCAGCAGAGCCAGUCGAGAUCCAGCUGUUCCCACAGACUGGGGCAGAGCUUGAUAAAAGCGGUAUUUCUCGUAUGAUGGUGCAGGGCCCAUGGGACAGUUCACUGCACAAUUCGAUCUUUUUAAAUCGUACGACUCCCUCACACCAGUACGUGCAACUAGCGCUCUCAUGGCAAGUAAAUUGUGACAAAUGUGUGAGUCCGCUUCAAUUUGAAUUGGAUUUUGCUGUGCAAAUUCAAGGAAGAGACAUGGGCAUCUUUAGACAAUUAUGGUCACCAGCGCCUGCCAAACAGGUAUACAAGGCGAGUGCAAAGUAUGUCGUACAUCUGAAACCUCAAAUGACGCGCCAGGUACGUGAAUUGUGGCGACUGAACACAGCAAACAAGUAUGUUCGUGGGGAAGAGUUCAUCGGCUCUUGGAAACCGCGAGGUGUAUCGUUGAUUACAGAAUACCGGGAGGCAAGACGAAAGAUGGAGUAUCGUGAGCAUGUGGCUGCUUUUAGACAUGCGUUAUUACUUGCAGGUCAUCCACAGGCAAAAGAGAUAAGAAGGGGUCAAUUGGGUAUAGAAGAAGAAAAGAAAAAAGAGAAGGUGAUGGAUAGUAAAGAGCUUUUGGAAAAGGUGAUUCAACUGUGGACAAGAAAGUUUGGCACUCAAGAAGAGAUUGUAUUCAAUCAAGAUCCACCGAGCGUUGGUUCUAUAACUCCAUCUGCAAGUAGUCAAAGUAUAAAGCAUUCGAGUAGUAGCCAGAGUAUAAAUGAAUAUCAUCAAAAGAAUGUAAAAUUGAUAGCCGACAUUCAACAGUUAUAUCCAAGUGACACAGUGACUAAAAAAGGAUAUCUACUACAUCCAAGAAACGUGGAUGAAGAAUGGCAGAAGUACUGGUUUGUACUAAGAAGGCCAUACAUCAUUAUAUACCAAGAUAAUACAGAAACAGAAGAGUUGGGCGUCCUUCAUCUUACUUCAGCCAGAGUUGACUAUAAGUCAGAAAUAGAAAAAAUGCUUCAGCGAAAGAAUAUGUUUGCUAUUUAUACCAGUAAUAAUGCUUAUCUUUUAGAAGCUUUAGAUUUUGAUGAUAUGAAAGAUUGGAUUUCUAAAAUUGAUCAAUUUUAUCCAGUGGAUAGCUUACAAUAGGAGAAAAAUAAAGAAACUCCUCCUUAUUGUGUAUUCUUAACCACGCGUGAUUGUUUUAACUUUCCGAUUUUAAUAAAAAGGCAAAAAACACACUGCCCCUCUUUUCCCUC